AUGGAUUUCGCUCAGCAUCCCCGGUCGCAUCCUGAACAGCGCGCGGGGCUGGUUGUAGUUGGGCCCUAUGUUGGACUUAAACGAGUGGAAGAGCCAGGAGGGAAUGAGAACGCGCGCGACGGUUUCCCUUCGCGCCCUCGAAAGUCAAGCGCCCCAGAUGCGGUGUCGCAUGUCGCCAUGGCUGGCUUGACGCCCCAAGUAAUGUCGCUGCAAUCCAAGCCCACGCAGCUAGACCCGUCACAUCAACGGCACCUUUCUGCGUCGAGAGAGACAACUCUGCUAACGCUUGCAGAACCAUUCCCCGAGCUGGUUCCCGACAAGUCUAAAGGUGACGUUUCCCCUCAGCGGUAUUCGUUCGACUCGGAUUUGAGAAACUACUACCGGAAGAGAAGUCACUCUUCCUCCGAAUGGGACCAAGAGCUACCCAUUCGCCCUGGUUUGGAGCCGCACCGCCAGGAUUCGGGCAAAACUCUUGUCGAAACUUUGCCAGGAAAGAUUAAACAAAGUACCUUGAUUCGAUUAUUUAGUGGUUCUCGGAAGCAAAAGGUGUCAAUUAGUCGCGCUUUCAAUGCGCGGCAUAUUCACCACGUCACAUAUGACGGAGAUACUGGUCGGUUUCUGAAUCUUCCAAAGGAGUGGGAAGACAUUCUCCGGGAGACGAGUGAGGACCGUUGGGGGACCUUGCUCGCCAACCCUUCCCCUCAUAGCCCAACUCUAUACAGGACUGCCAGCUUUGACGACGUCAGAGAAUUGCAGAAUCCUUAUCGAAUGACAAUGACUUCUGUGGCUGACUCGUUGCUGACGGAAGAAUCGAGAUAUCAACGGCCUGCAGAGCGUCCCGAGUCUUUCACGUCUACCGUCGAAUCCCUGCCACUUGAUGAUACAGAGGAGACAUCUGGAGAUGGUGAGGUCUUGUCUGGUCCUAGUCUUCCAAGAACCAGUGGGAACUCGGAGAUUACCAGCACACCACCUGCGAGAACUCCUCGACCAUUACCGCAUAUGCCCCUUCCCUGA